AUGCCUUCGGCGGUCGCUUCUUCCGCGGCUGUUGAGGCGAAGGAGGUUUCCCCGCCGAGUCAAUCGAACGACGGUUCCGCGAAAGCGGUUGUUGCUCCUCCUGCCACGUGGAAGGCGAGCAUUGACUUUAAGUGGGUACGAGAGAAUCGGGAUUUAAUGGAGGCUACUGUGAAGGAACGGCAGUCCAAUGCUGACGUGGCUCGUGUUGUGGAGCUCUACGAAGACUUCGUUUCAAAGAAUCUGGAGGUGGAUCGGCUACGGGCGGAGCGGAACCGAGUGGCGAACGCGAUGAAGGCGAAGUUGGAGGCGGAGGAGAGGGCGAGGUUGGUGAGCGAAGGCAAGCACCUCAAGGACGUGCUGGCGGGGCUCGAGGCUGAACUGGGGGAGGUGGCUUCUGAGCUGCAACGGGAAGGCCAGCGCCUUCCCAACCUGACCCAUCCUGACGUGCCACGUGGCGGAGAGGAAGUGGCUGUCACUUUGCGAACGGUGGGCGAGAAGCGCGUGUUCGCCUUCCCUCCCAAGGACCACGUGGAGCUCGGCCUCGCGCUCGACCUCUUCGACUUCGAUUCCGCUGCUGAGGUGAGCGGCGCCAAGUUCUACUAUCUGCGCAACGAGGCGGCGCUGCUGGAGAUGGCGCUGCUCAAUUGGGCGCUCGCGCUGCUCGUCGCGCGAGGCUUCACGCCCGUGUCCACGCCCGACCUCGUGCGCUCGCACGUCGUCGAGCGAUGCGGCUUCCAGCCGCGCGCCGCCAACACGCAGGUGUACUCAGUAGAGGGGUCGGACUUGUGCUUGGCCGGCACAGCAGAGAUUCCUGUGGGCGGCAGCUUCAUGGAUAAGAUCCUGAGCGAAUCAGAUCUGCCGCAGCGCGUGGUGGCCUUCUCCCACUGCUUCCGCACAGAGGCUGGCGCUGCCGGCUCUGCCACCAGGGGGCUGUACCGCGUGCAUCAGUUCAGCAAGCUGGAGAUGUUUGUGGUGUGCCGCCCGGAGGACAGCGAUGCCUUUCACCAGGAGCUCAUUCAGAUCGAGGAGGACAUGUACACAGCUCUCGGUCUACACUUUGUCACUUUGGACAUGCCAACAGCGGAUCUAGGUGCCCCUGCCUAUCGCAAAACCGUGGUUGGUCCUGUGUGGAAUAAGAUUGAGGACAAGCCUGACGAAGUACUUCGUUUCGCGGAUGAGAAGGUUGACGUCGCACUGAAGUACGCGGACAGCUACAUCCCCAGAGACUUGGCUUAUCGAGCUUCUGAUUUUGUCCGCACUGUUCCGGUGCGUGCCAAGGAGGCACUUCACGGCUAUCAGGAGAAGGGGGCCCUUGGCGCUGCAAAAUCCUAUUAUUACGACUCGCUUGAGCCGGUUCUGUCAGCCUACCUUGUCUUCUUGUGGCGCUUGGCGUUGUCCAUGCCGCUUGUCCCCCAUGUGGUAGUAGCAGCUUACCCCACGGUGUUCGCAGCAGCCAGUAAGUACAACACCGUCGUUGCAUCGUUUCAAAAUUCCGACUUCGCUUAUUUGAAGAAGGCUGCGGAUGUGGUUCCGCUGGUUCCCGUGGAGAAAGUUGAGAGCUACGUGAAGCUCAGUCUACAGCAGGCUGGAGUGCAAUAG